CACCGCCACUAUCCACUGACACACCGCACCUAAUAGCUUCUUACGAAACGGCCACUACCUAUGCACCUGACACGGAAUACAUGUCCACACCCAGUACUUGAUACCCGUGGUUAAGGGACAUCCAGACUGUUGACCUACUGCGCAACCCUGCACAAUCGCGGGCUGCCCCUUCUGAAGCUGGACUUGUGAUGGGCAAUAGGUUCUUUCUAGAUUGGCCAAUGUGGGAGAAGCUGUGCUUCGUCCUGGCAUGUGCGAUCGUGGUUGUACUGUUGGCAGGCACCACCAAGCUGGGCUACACCCACUGGCGACUUCGGAAGUACGUCGCCGUCGCGGAGAAAGAAAAGAAAGAGCAGGCCAUUCAGCGGCAGAUGAGCCAACGACGACGCCACGACGAAACUCCGUUCGGCAUCCGUGCGCUGGAGAACGGCAUAGAAGUCGAGGGUGUCUGGGUUUCUAGGCCAAACACACCUGACAGCGCAACUCGCGAGAAUUCUGUCGGCUCCUUAGUGCUCCAGCAGUAUCAGCGGAGAAGUGGCGAUCUCGCCCUUCACGAGCAGCCGCCACCAAUACAUACAAGAGAUUGGUCCAGCUCGUCCUCGACCUCAGCCGGGCCGCCGAGUUCAGCUUUCGAUCGUGCAGUGUCCGCCGAGCGACUACCGAGCAGUAACGCCAGCAUCGACUCCCGAUAUGAUGGCGGACCUAUCUCUAGGCCCGCGAAGACGCGAUAUCCACCUUGCUCGUUCACCAAGUACAGCAAUAGUCCUUACGCUUAUCGACAGUCAUCUUCGUCGCACAGUACGCUUGAAGACAUGGAGGCUGUGCAGCGAGCGUCUCUCGAAGCCAUUCGAAGAGCGUCGACUAGUAUCCACGAAGACCGCAGCAAUAGUGAUGACUCGGUUCAGAAUGAGAAUGACACAGAGCCUAUCUCGGCUGCAGCACCAAAGCUACUCACACAUCAACCCUCUUCAAAGCCUCGGAACCGCUCGGUUGAUUUCGAGAUGAUGAACAGCCACCGCGUCUCGCUUGCAGCCGAAACUGGUCAGCUCGCACCACGGACUAGAAGACCCGGCAGGAGUGGCGAAUGCACCAACGUUGGGCUUGUUACGAACCCUGAGCAAUCUGACUACUCCUCGCAGCGCAGCGCUGCAUUACUAUCCCCAGUUCAAAGCACCUCUCCCACGAGUCCACUGUCAACUCCGAGGGUCGAGGCUCUGCCGCCUGCUGUGCGCAGGGCAAGCAUGCCAGAUGUGACACCAUUUACGCAGUUCUGUCAAAGCACGCCUCCAUCGCCGCAGCUGGAACGUCGGAGAUUGACGGACCUGCACAGCUACACGACCACCAGUGCGCAGUAUCAGGGUGCAGACACGACUGUCUCUUUGCCAUCGGAUAUACCGGCCGAGCUUCCCGCUGCAGUUCCUACAAUGCCUGCUCGGUCACCACCUAUAUCAAGGGCGUUGAUCGUUCACCCAGCUUCAAUGGCGCCGCCUCCAGAGCGGACAUCCUUCGAAAAGCGAGGGUCGCAGAUCUUACGCGGUCAUGGUACUGGCUUCGAGAUACUCAAGCCUGGCUCGCUCAACCCAACCCUGCCGUUCCAUCUUUUGCCAGCUAAUGAUGGCUCUCACGAGAAACAGCAUACAGCGCCACCAGUAUCUUUGCAUAACGCGUACAGAUCUUCUCGGUCUCGUUCUAGGUCUAGUAGUGUCGGAGCUGCAGGGAGGAAGCUGCAGAAGAAACGCCGGGCCAGCACUGACUCAACGGCAAGCAACGAGACACACCGCAGUUGGCUGAAGGGGAGCAAUAGAGGGAGCUUGGAGGUUCAUUAAUUGUAGGGAGGGCUGUUCUGUAACAUAACACCACAGUGUAUUUCAUAUGAUCACCACC